GAUGCAGCCCUGGUGACAACCGCAGUCUGCCGACGCCGCCAUGGGGAACAAGCUGAGCUGCUCGUGUGCGCCACUCAUCCGCAAGGCGUACCGCUACGAGGACUCUCCGUGGCAGACGUCGCGCCGCAGGGAUGGUCACCUGCUCAGGCUGUGGGCCGAAGUAUUCCACGUGAGCGCCAGCGGCGCCGGCACCGUCAAGUGGCAACAGGUGAGCGAGGACCUGGUGCCUGUCAACAUCACGUGCAUCCAGGACUCGCCCGAGUGCGUCUUCCACAUCACGGCCUACAACAGCCAGGUCGACAAGAUCCUCGACGUCCGGCUCGUGCAGCCAGGAACUCGGAUCGGACAAGCGUCAGAAUGCUUCGUAUAUUGGAAGGAUCCAAUGACCAACGAUACCUGGGGUCUCAACUUCACAUCUCCUAUCGACGCUAAACAAUUCAGAGAAUGCUGCUCGCCGUCGUUCAAGUUCUCACGCAAGGCGUCGUCGUCGUACUCGCUGAAGCUGGAGCCGCCGAGCAAGCAGAAGCUGAAGGCGAAGCGCAAACCGCUGUCGACGCCGGCCAGCCCGUCGCGCUCUCGCGAGCCGCAGUGCACCUGCAUGACGGCCGAGCAGUACGCGCGCCUGCGCGCCCAGGACCCGCGCUACAGAGGGUCCGCCACGCUGCCGCGGGCGCAAACUCGCGGCACAGACACGGACGCGGCGCCGGGCUCCCGCGGGGACAAGGUAACGGCGGCCACCUCCAGCACCUCCCUGUACGACAACGUGAGUGGCGGGGGCGGCGCCGGGGGCGGCGUCGGCGGUGGCAAGGCGUCUGCGUCGACGCUACCGGGCGGCGGAGGCGGCGCCGGGGGCGGCAGCGGCCGGCAGACGCGGGACCGCGGCACGCAGCAGCAGGACGCCGCCACCAACGGCUCCCUCAAGGCCUCCUCCGCGGGGGCGGCGCCGGCGGCGGCGUCGGCCGCGACCGGGACGGCAUCCGCGUCGGUGGGAACGCAGCAGAACCACGUGGGCUCGCAGGCGUCGGCUGGGCCGCCGGAGGAGGCGUCCAAGAGCGAGGGCACGCAGGCCGGCGGCACGCUGGGCGGCAGCCGGCUGGGCGGCCUGGGGGCGGCGGGGGCGGCGCCGGGCUCGGGAGGCGGCCGCCGCGACGCGCACACCCACGCGCACCACCACGUGCUCGCCGCCACCAAGUCGGUCGACUACCCGGAUACGGACAUGGUGCGCGAGGCGGAGCUGCGCGCCGCCCACCACCACAACCUCAACAACAACAACAAUAACAAUAACAACAACAACAAUAACAAUAAUAACAACAACAACAACCGGCGAUCCAAGAGCAAGAGCACCGACGACAUGAGCGUGGGCGGCGUCUCGCUGGACUCGAACACGCUGAAGCGCAUGCUGAAGCCGAUGCCGUCGCAGCAGGAGAGCCCGGUGACCUCGCCGGAGAUGACGCGCCGGCGCUACAACUACUACAACCACGGCCACCACCACCACCACCACCACCACCACGGCGGCGCCAUCAACAACAACGGCCGGCACGUGCUGUCGGAGCCCGAGUCGAACCACCACCGGUCGGGCGGCCGCUUCUCCGGGUCGCGCUCCUCGCACGAGAUCGGGCGCGGCUACGGCGGCGGCGGGCGCGGCCUCUACCUGGAGCUGGACGCGCGCGGCGGCGGCGUGGGCAGCUGCGGCGACCUGUCGCCCCCCUCGGACAACGUGCUGUUCGACAACCAGUGCUACGCGACGACGCCCAGCUCGAGCAACGGCAACUCGGACCUGGACCAGCCCGCGUCGACGGCGCCCGGCACGGGCCAGGCCACGCCCACGCCCGGCUCGCCCACGUCACGCCUGCUGCUCGAGUACGAGAUGCACCUGCGCAACACGCUGGCCAAGGGCAUGGACGCCGAGAGCUACAGCCUGCACACGUUCGAGGCCCUGCUCACGCAGAGCAUGGAGAACCUGGAAUCCAUUUUGUCAAGUAAGCGAUCCCAGGAGCAACUACCGCAGCAGGAGCCGCCGCUGGUGCAACCGCCUCCACUGCAGCAGCUGCAGCAGCAGUUACAGCAGCAACAACAGCAGCAACAGCAACAACAGCAACCCCAACUGCUGCAGCAGCAGCCGCAGCAACCGCAACCGCAGCAGCAACAACAGCAAAAGUCAGUGGAACAGCAGCACAGGGAGCAGCACCUGCAAAGGUUGCACCUACAGCUGCAGCAGCUGCUGCUGCAGUACCAACAGCAACAGCAGCAACAGCAGCAGCAACAACAGCAACAGCAGAAGCAGCAGCAGCUGCAGCAAACGCCCAAAAAGCCGCAGACUGGUCGGCCGCAGCAGAAACCAGUGCGGCAGUUGCUGCAGCAACCGAACGGGCGCCAAACCACCCCGCGGGUGCAAGAUGGCCGCCAGUCGGCCACCUGGCGGCCGGAGGCUCAACAAGCUAAAGGCAAACCGCCUUCCGCCGCGGGCGCCGCGCAGCGGCAGGAGACGGAACUGCAGCGCUUACUGCAGCACCUCAAGCUGGAAAUGUCUGUGGAGGAGCUACACGCCAAACUGCGUGAGAUUCUGGAGAAACGAGAGUUUGCUGAAAGUCUUCCUGGAUCCACGCAGCGCAGCCCGUAUCCAUCUAGAAGGCGUCCGGGCAGCAGCGCCAGCAUGAACAAGUCGUCGACUCUGCCGCUGCCGCACCGCGCCGUGGAGCGGCCGGCCUCCAGCGCCAGCAGGGACCGGGACAGGGAUAGGGACAGAGACCGCGAGGGAUACUACAGCGACCGCAACGAGCUCAUCCGGGAGCGCGAGCGCGAGCGGGAGCGCGAGAGGGAGCGCGGCUACCUCAGCGACCACAACUCCAGGUACCGGGACAGAGACCGCGAGGGCUACUACAGCGACCGCAACGAGCUGCUGCGAGAGCGGGAGCGAGAGAGGGAGCGCGACCGAGACGCCGGCUACCUCAGCGACCACAACUCCAGGUGCGCCUCGUGCCUGGGCGAGUCCGCGCGCGCCCAGUGGUUCCGCCACUCGGACGGCUGGCGCGCCGGGUCGUCCACCCUGGGCUCUGGGUCGGCCUCGCAGGCGCCGAGCAUCGGGGGCGGCGGGGGCGGCCACAGGCGCUCGCCGUGGGACUCGCUGCCUUCGCUGCGCCACGAGGGCUCGCUCGGUGACAGCGGCUACAAGUCCAACCGCGCUGACUCCUUCGAGCAGAGGAACAUCUUCGACCGGCAGGACAGCCUGCGCUCCGACUACAUGAGCGACCGCGAGAGCCGCUACGGCAUCGUGCAGCAGGCCUCCAUCGAGAGCACAGACUCGCGCCUCUGCUACCUCACCUCCUCUGAGGUAAGUCUCCUCCUCCGUCUGCCGUCUGCGGGCUCGCAGCUCUGGUCGCCGUCUCCGGUAAGUACGCCGGCGAGCCUCAGCGAACAGACCCCAGUUCAGUGUGCUCCGACACGUCUCAAGUACGGAAGGUGUGUAGGUUUCGUCAAGAAGCGUUCUGAAAGCUGCUAGGCUUCGAUGUGAUCCUUAUAGUCCGAUUUAAAUUAGGAGGCAGUUGACGUUCAGGAUCAGAGGUCGCGACGUAGUCCUGACCCUACGCUAGUAAAUAUUUCAAAAUGGUCAUUUUUCAAAUCCACCAAGAGCUGGUGAUAAAAUAAUUCCAUAUAUACCAACAGUUUCGCUAGUCUGUUCAUCUUCAGGUAUCAUACAAUUAUUUACUUCAGCCUUUCCUGCCAACAUUAUGACUGUGGCGUCAAAUAAAAGCCAGUGACGCGGAAUGGUUUUUAUUCCAUGUGAUGUCACAGUAGGAAGGCUGUUUUAACCACACGAAGGUGAUCAAAAGAUCGGAACCGACAGUUGAUCAAAAAUUAAUUUAUCCGCAUCUCUUGAGGGUUUUAAGACAAAAAUUUUACAAAAUCGCUUUAAAGUCUCUAUUUUCCACCGCUAUCACGAAAAAUCUGAAAUCCGCGUAUGGUACCGAUCUGUAAAGUAUCUCUAAGCGUUUCAAAAAUCUGCCAUGAUUUAUUUAGGGCCGAAGGUAUGGUAAUUUUUCUGAAUGGAAUAUACUGUUUCCCCACACGAAACAGUUUUAAAUUUAUCAUGUCAUAUCAUGAAAACUACUGAACUCGUUGAACUAUUUUUUUUUUUCGUUGAAUGCCAAAAUACUUUGCUCAGCAACGGAUCAUUUCAAAGUUUCAUUUCGCUUUGUGUUUGCUUUUUUAUAAGUUCCGGAAAACUGCGUGUUUUCGCAAUUGUCUCAAUAUAUAACUCGUAAGAAGUUUGAAGAUCAAAGACUGUAUCCCUACAAAAAUCACUUAAAAUUUCUGAAAUUUACGUACGUGUAUAACUACGUAAAAAACAGCUCUUAAUUUCAGUUACGGCCGGAGUAAUGGUUAGUAUUUUGCCUGGACAUAGCUGAAAUUUUCACGCCAAGAAAAAUGUACUGCUUGCGAGCUGCCAGGCAUAAUGCUUUGUGCAGCCAAAUUGGCAACGCAGUGGGGGUCGACAAUGCCAGUACAGUUCCCGUUUGUGCAUGAGUGAUGGGGCGGCUCCAGCUCACACUCUGUCAAAUGCCAAAUAACUUAAAUAGGAGUACAGCUGCAGGACAUUGCGUCAAAUGGAGUCGCUAAAACUUUGCAAUAUUUAUUUUCAGUAUCGCCUUAUCGUCCACAGUCAAUGAUGUUUAAUUCUCUAGGGAGGACACAAACGUAUUGUGUCUUGUGAAGACAGAGGAGCCAUUCAAAUACAUACAUGGUGAUUCAGAUGCAUCUACAGCUAUCGUUUUAUCCAAUUCACAGUGCUACAGCUAGCCUUCAUAAACCACGCGCGAGAUUUUCAUAUUUUCUCACUCGCUACGCAAAAAUUAUUAGCCCUAUAGAAAAAAUUAACAGGACCUUUUUGUACGAAAUUUAAUCUCGUUAAAUUUUGUAUUGGGAUACGUUUCCGCUAGAGGCCUUAGUUUUCGAGUUAUUCAAGAAAAAUAUACAAACGUGACCUUCAAAUGCACUCCCACUCUUACACUCAGCUCCCACCGGUCAGGAUUUCUAGUAUACAGUUCAUGACACUCCCUGCUAUCACUGUAGAAAUAAUGCUGCUGCACCAGUUAUUUAACCGUAUUCCAUUCUUCGUCUGCGUUGAUUGGCCUUAUUAAGCCACCGGCGAAGUGGAGCACUUACAAUUUGAAAAACUGACGUUUGUGUAAAUUUUAACUAUCAGUUUUGUAAGAUUUUGUAAAAUGAACAGUUACAUCAUUGUAUUCAUAAGGCGUUCUGACUACAAAACUACUGUGCUUAUAAGGGUUAAGUUCGCCUAGAAUCGUCCACAUAAUUAGCUUUAGCGCAAUAUUUACAAAAGUCGUGUUUCUUUCAUCAACCUCAUGGGCACAUUUAAAUUAGCAAUGUUAGAAAUAGCCGACUAUGCUAGUAGCGCUGUAGCUCAAUCAGUAGGCAGUAAAAGAGGUCGAAUAAUUCGUGUAGUCGGAAAUUUUUGAGCAGUGGUAUGAGAGAGUGCCACGAACGGCAUACUGGAAAUCCUGGCUGGGGGGUGGAGGUGCGUUUGAAGAUAAUUUUUGUACGUUUUACUAGAAUAACUCUAAAACUGUGGCCUCCAACGGAAACAUAACAAUACAAAAUUUAACUUCGUUAACUUCAAAGGUCCUACUCAUUUUUUUUCUGUAGGGCUAAUAGUUUGCACGUAGCGAACGACAGAUUAUGAAAAUCUCUCGUGUGGUUUAUGUAGGCCAACUAUAAAAUUUCGGGUUGCAUAAUACGAUAGCGGUAGGGGCACCUUAAUCACACUGUAAGUAUCUGAACAGUUUUAACAGAAAAGUGUGAGCCAUCGAACUUAAUGAUACAUGGACAGUAGUUCCAGAGACAGAUAGAUAAAUUUUAUCUUUCAUAGAUGACAAAUGGGUAGUUGUAAAUUAUCUUUGACAAGGAUUAUCUCUGCUAUCACGCCCCCAUUUCACGUUAUUUACGUCACUCUCCGACAUCCGUCCUGCCAGUAGGCAAGACGCGGCGGGAAGGAAAAUGUUCCAUAGACCACGCUCACACAAGCCGGAAGAUUCACCAGCAAAUAUGACAGCCAGUCGUGAAAGCUUUAACUGUGUGACUCUACUGUCAGCUGCGAUUCCGAGACCGAAGACGCGCAGAAUUAUUCGCUAAGCUCUACCUAAUCGCAUCCAGAGAGAACUGCUGCCAGUUUGAGAAACAAGCUCUACCCAGCACACAGACUUCAUCGGGAAGAGAGGCAGUUUCGUGAAACUUCCUUAGUGACGCGUUUAUUUUCUAUAAAUGCUACAAAAUCCGCAUCAGUUCUCAAUAACAGCAUUUGGGAUGUAUCAAAAAUACAAAUCACUCGUAUGAAGGUAGAAGCCAUUGCUCGUCUGUGAAGAGGACACAGAAAAGGAAAGAGACUUUUUUUGAUUGUCACUUGCAAAUACCGUUACGCGUUGGCCGUCAUUCCAAUAUCAAACAAGCUUCUGAUAUCUAUCACCGCUCUGGUAGUAUUCGUGCAUUUCAUGUCCUGUAGAAAGCGCCAGUAUGAAAGCAGAAGCGACAUACGAAAGUGACGAACGAAUAAACAUUUUGUAAGUAUGCCUUAUUGUCAUUUCCAAUAUUGGUACUUACGGAUACAAAAAUUGUACUACUUCACAAAAUCAGCGUUCAGUGACAUUGUUUAUCACUUUCUUCGCUUCAGACCAAAAAAAAAUUAUUUUUCGAGGAAUCACAAUUAACUAGGAAUUUUUCCGCGCACUUUUACAAAGCACUAAAAAGCCCGACAGCACAAUACGACGUUCACUGGCUACUACUGGGCCGUACAUAAUGUUGAUGUUGCCAGGUCUGUAACAGUGGCUGAGCGCCAAGCAUAGGUGACAAAUUUAUCAAAACCAUCGCUAUACGAUGUGAAAGUAGGAAAUGUUAGUCUCUCCUAAUUUCCAAGUUUACCGGUUUGGGUAGCUCCGUCAGGAGCGAACAGUAGCGAUAAGCUAGGUGUUUUCACAUGCUGUCUACUCUAAAUGUGUAAAGCGCUCGUGUCAGUUACUGCAACAAAAUCUGUGAAGUUUCUACUUUGUGCCUUCGGCAGUCCACUAGAAUCACUUGUUUCAGCAUUUCCUUGCAAACAUUGCUGUUACA